AUGCCAGGUGCCUACAGAGACAGGGUUGAUGUUCUCGGCUUUACUGCUGUAGAGAAAAUGAGCAUCUAUGAACUAACCACGGGCAUAAUGCACUUCAGGAACAUGAAAUUCAAGCAAAAAGCCAGAGAGGAACAGGCUGAUGUUGACACCACAGAGGUGGCUGACAAAGUUGCCCACCUCAUGGGAAUCAACUCUGAAGACCUGCAGAAAGGAAUCACCAGGCCUCGUGUUAAAGUUGGGAACGAGUUCGUUGUGUUCUCUACUGGAGCUCUGGCUAAAGCCAUCUAUGACAGAAUGUUUAAGUGGAUGGUCUACAGGAUCAAUAAAACACUGGAGCUAGACUUUGCCAGCUUUGAAAUCUUUGAGAUAACUGUUCUGUCGCCGUUCCAUCAGUGUAGAUUUUAUCUUAAUACAGACCUCCACUGAUUUUUAUUAGGUUUAAAAAGAGUGCCUGAAUUGUUACGUUUUAAGUUAAGGUUGCUCGACCUGCAGGCCUGUAUUGAUUCGCUGGAGAAGCCCAUGGGUAUUUUUUUUAUUUUGUCUAAGGCCACAGACGCCACUUUGGAGGCUUACUUGUACAACAAUCAUCUGGGUAAGUCCCCUAAUUUCCUAAAAUCAAAAAGUGCUAAGAAAGGUCCAGAAGUGUACUUUGAGCUGAUUCAUUAUGCCGGCACUUUGGGAUACAAUAUCUCGGGUUGGUUGGAAAAAGACCUGCUGAAUGAGCUGGUGGUCAGGCUGUAGAAGUCCUCCAUGCCCCUGCUAGCUCAAGUCUUUAAAGAAGGGGAAGCUGCUGCAGAAGCCAAAAAGCAGAAAAAGAGCUUUUCCUUCCUGACUGUAUCUGCUUUCUACAGGGAGCAGCUGAGCAAACUGAUGAGUACCCUGCGAAGUACGGGUACACCCCAUUUUGUCCGCUGCAUCGUAACUAAUUCAAGCAAGCUGUUGAUUUUGCACCAGCUGGCCUGUAACGGGGUCCUGGAGGGAAUCCGCAUUUGCAGAAAAGGCUUUCCUAACAGACUGCAGUACCCUGAGUUCAAACAGAGGUGUCAGUGGGGGGCAGAGUUCAAUGAGGAGACAGCUCUGGGAAAGAAGCUGUUCCUCAGUCUACUGGCCUCGGAGCUGAUUUUAGGUUCAGCUGUGUUGGAAAAUAUGGAGUACAAGAUAGGACACACUAAUAUAUGAACCACAGUUUUCUGUUGCAGGUGUUCCUCUGUCUUGGCGAAGCUUGAGGACAUGCGAGACGAACGUAUGGCUGAGAUCAUGACCAGGCUGCAACCGCGUCUGUGGAGCAUGCUCAUGAGGAUUGAGCUCAAGACGAUGCUCGAGAGAAAAGUCGCUCUCUUUGCCAUCCAGAGUCACGUGAAGUCAUUCCUUCAGCUAUGAUUCUGAGGUUAGUAGAAACUCUACACAAAGGUUAAGCCUUUGCUCCAUGUAGCUCGCCAAGAGGAGGCAUUAAAAGCCAAGGAGGAAGUGUUGCGACUGGUGUUUGAAAAGAGGGCGAAAAUGUUAGAGAAGUUCAAGGAGAUGGAUAAGAAGCUGGUCACUCUAUCCAAAGAAAAGAGCGACUUGGCCUUAACCUUAGCAGCUGUAAAACAAGACACCAUCACAGACGGGAACCAGCUGAUGAAACAGAAGAUGAACAUGGAGGAACAGAUACAGGUGAGAGAGAGGCUGGAGGAGGAGGAGAAUACAGAUCUGAUGGACCUGAAGAGAGACCUGGAAGACUUGGAAUCGACUCUGGCAAAGUCAGAGAAAGAAAAACAGGGCCUGGUUAUCAAAGUGCGCACGCUGACACGGGACCUGAAUCAAAGAGACGACACAAUUGCUCGGUUUCAAAAAGAAAGAAAGGUCAUGGAGGAACUGCAACAGAAAACUCUAAAUGACCCAGAUCGAAUAAACCACCUGACCAAAACCAACAGCAAGCUCACCACUUAAGUGUGCGAGCUGGAAUAUAACUGGAAACAAAAGAAGAAAAUACGUGGCGAGGUGGAGAAAGCCAGACGCAAAGCAGAGGCCGACUUAAAGAUCAACAUCGAACUAAACGACUUGGAAAAAGCCAAAAUCGAUCUGAAGGAAGGUGUUAAAAAGAGGAUGUUGGAAAUUAAUCAUGUUAAUGCCAAACUAGAGGAUGAGCCAUCUCUCAGCUCCACUCCACACAGGAAGCUCAAAGAGCACCAGACACGCAUUGAGGAGCUCGAGGAAGAACUGGAGGCGGAGAGGGCAAUCAGAGCGAAGGUCGAGAAGCAGCAAGCAGAUCUGGUUUGGGAUCUUGAGGAUCUUGGAGACCAAUUAGAAGAAGCCGGAGGUGCCACUGUCACACAGACUGAGCAGAAUAAGAAGCAUGAAGUCGAGCUCCUGAAGCUCCGCAGUGAAUUUGAGGAAGCAGCUCCCCAGGGUGAAGCCACGGCCUCGGCACUGAGGAAGAAGCACUUGGACACCACGGCCGAGCUGGCGGAGCAAGUAGAGAAUCUACAGUCAGUCUGUAUCAAACUCGAGAAGGACAAGCAGCUCAUGAAGGCGGAGAUUGACGACCAGCAGCGUAGAGUUGUCCAGAUAGACAAGGUGAGACUGAACACUGAGGCCCAUGUGUGGAAAUUGGAGGACCGUCUGGCAGAGGCAAAUUCCAGCCUGGGAGGGAUGGAGUGGCACACGGAGCUCAACACCUCCAAAAUCAGACUUUCAGCUGAGAACAGCGAAUUGAGCCGCGAACUGGGAGAGGCACAAAGUAAGCUGAACCAGAUCAUCAAGGUGUCAUUGACAAUUGUCAUUCAGGUCAAGAAAGAGUGUGAAGAGAAAAUUUAAUUAGACAAGGAGCAAGUGGUUAAGGCGGAAAUGCAGCGCCUGAUCUCCAAGCUCAACUCCGACAAGACCACCUGGAGGACCAAGUACGAGACUGAUGACAUCCACAAUGAGGAGCUGAAGGAGAUAAUGCGCAAGCUGGCCGCUCGGCAUCAGGAGGCUGAGGAAGCUGCGGAGGCGGCACCCACAGAGAAGGUCAAACAAGGGCUUCAGGGAGAAGUGGAGGAUCUGAUUAUCCACCUAGAAAAGUCCAAUGCUGCUGCCGCUGCGCUUGAUAAAAAGCAGCGCACGCUUGACAAAACGAUGGCGGAGUGGAGCCAGGAAUGCAAAGAGCUCCAAGUCAAGUUGGAGAAUUUCCAGAAGGAAUGCCUCUCGUACAUGACAGAGGUCUACAAGCUCAAGACGGCCUAUGAGGAAACACAGGACCACCUGGAAACUGUCUAGAAAGACAACAAGACCCUCACUGAUGAGAUCCGAGAUCUCAUAGAGCAGCUGGGUGAAGGUGGGAAGAGUGUUCAUGAUCUGCAGAAAGCUAGGAAGAAGUUUGAGGUUGAGAGAGAUGAGCUGCAGCUGGCCCUAGAAGAGGCAGAAGCCUCGCUGGAGGUUGAGGAGAGUAAGGUGGUUAAAGUCCAGCUGGAGUUAGCACAGGUGAAAGCAGACAUCGAUCGGAGGAUUUAUGAGAAAGAAGAAGAGUUUGAAAUCUAAAGGAAAACCCACCACCGUGCCGUGGAGUCGCUGCAGGCGAGCCUGGAGGUAGUGGCGAAAGGUCAGGCUUUGAGACUGAAGAAGAAAAUAGAGUCUGACCUGAACGAGAUCGAGAUCCAGCUGGACCAUGCCAACAAGAACAACAGUGAAGUAGUCAAAACCCUGAAAAGACUGCAACAGCAGAUCAAAGGGUACGAUAUGCAGAUGGAUGAGGAUGUGCGGGUGCACGAGGGCUGCAGUGAUGUCCACACAAAGAUGCGGCUCUUCUGCAAGUUGGCGACAAAAUAUCCAUUAACUUUUUACAAUCAGGCGUUCUACCCGAGGAAUGUUUUUACGGGAACAACUGCAAACCAGGCUUUAAAUACCAUGAAGCGAAAAAUGGAGGCAGACCUGACUCGUCUCCCCACCGAGAACGAGGAGCUGAUCAGCGAGUUUCGUGCUGCAGAUGAAAGAGCCAAGAAGGCAGUCACAGAUGCAACUCGCAUGGCUGAGGAGCUGCGUCAGGAGCAGGAACACUGUAUGCAUCUGGAGAAGAUAAAGAAGAACAACGAGCUGACCAUCAAAGAGCUGCAGCUCAAAGUGGAAGAGGCAGAAGAAAUAGCUGGCAAACGUACCAUCCAAAAGCUUGAAGUAAAGCCCAAGGAGCUGGAGAACGAGCUGGAUGCAGAGCAGAAGCGGCAUGUCGAGACGGUCAAAGCUCUGCGAAGAACCAGCGUCACCUGAAGGAGCUGAUCUUCCAGUCGGAAUAAGAUAAAAAAAACUAACCAGCGCAUGCAGGAGCUUGUUAAGAAACUUCAGAGCAAACUGAAGUCCUACAAGAGGCAGAUAGAGGAGGCUGAGAGUGCGCAAGCGAAUGCAAGCCUAUCCAAGUACAGGAAGACCGUGCAUGAGCUUGAUGAUGCCGAGUAAAGAGCUGGCAUGGCAGAGAUGGCGCAGAACAAGUUUCGCACCAGAAACCGCGCUGCAGUGAGCAAGGGCUUCACAUUUGGAGUGUUGAAAUUUUACAGGUCUCAAAAACAAUUAAGAGUUUAUCAGAGGAGUAAAAGCCCAUACCCAUGCAGGAGAUAAAAAGCCUGUGUGUGACCCAGUUAAAGCUCAGUAGAAACACCCUUCAGUACUGGGGAACAAUUGGGG